UAGGGGGAAAUGAGAGAAGCUUAGGCGGGUACGGGGUGAUGAACAAGGAAGGAGAAGCUUGAAGGGUGCAGUCGGGGUGGGGUUAGAAUAGACAAAGUAGUGGUUGGGUGUCUUAGAGCACAGAGAAAAGAGACGUUCAAUAAGAACGACCGCGGACCUUGGAGUAAGAAGGUUCUAGUGUCCUCAUGGGUCCAAAAAGACACACACUACUCCUGCGGCUAAAUGGGCUCCUACUUUGCCUGGACUUUGCACUCUCGCCACCGGUGACCUGAAAGCCCCUUCCAGGUCCCGAGGUCAUGGACUUGACUUUGGCACUGCCCUGUCUGAAGCCAGCACUGGGACUGCAGCGCUGUUCUCGAGAGCACUUUUGGUGAAGCAAGGGAAGCAAACGCACUGUGGGGAUGGAUGAGCGAAGGGGUGGGAGGAAUGGAUAGAUGUACGGACCGAAGAAUGUAUAGCUAAGCCCGGGCUUACAGGCUGCCAGAUCUGGGCUCGUAACUCAGCGGAGGAGAGUACAAGCACGCCCGCUAGAGAGAAGCAGGAGGUCACUGCCCAGGAGUCCAGUCCUGCGCCCGGAAGCCCCUGGUGGAGAAGAAGCGUCGCGCUCGGAUCAACGAGAGCCUUCAGGAGCUGCGGCUGCUACUGGCCGGCACCGAGGUGCAGGCCAAGCUAGAGAACGCCGAGGUUCUGGAGCUGACCGUGAGGCGCGUGCAGGGCGCGCUGCGAGGCCGGGCGCGCGAGCGGGAGCAGCUGCAGGCUGAAGCAAGCGAGCGCUUCGCUGCUGGCUACAUCCAGUGCAUGCAUGAGGUGCACACGUUCGUGUCCACGUGCCAAGCCAUCGAUGCCACUGUCUCAGCUGAACUCCUGAACCACCUGCUAGAGUCCAUGCCGCUGAGCGAGGGUAGCAGCUUUCGGGAUCUGCUGGGGGACUCCCUAGCUGGGCUGCCCGGAGGCUCUGGGAGGAGCAGCUGGCCUCCAGGAGGGUCCCCAGAAUCCCCAUUGUCCAGUCCCCCAGGUCCCGGGGACGACCUGUGUUCUGACCUAGAGGAGAUCCCGGAGGCUGAACUAAACCGGGCGCCUGCUGAGGGGCCGGAUGUGGUGCCUACAUCCUUAGGCAGCCUGACCGCAGCUCGUAGGGCCCAGAAUGUGUGGAGGCCUUGGUGACCAACACUUCCCAGGGACCUGUGAAUGGUGGGCUGCCAUCCUUAAGUUUGCUUCCUCCCUGGGUAUCAGAUGAGGUGGAGACGGGCCAGGAUGCUCCCCUGGUAUGUCCUCCCCACUCUCCAAAGGAUGGAUUGUAUGGCAACCCUGAUGGCCAGCCCCUGCAGGUCCCUAGCACUAUUUUUUGAGGGAACCAAUUUCAUGGACCCUAGAGCUCUGGAUGGGGGCGUGGGAGGGGGACACUACAGAAAGAAGGGAGACUCUUGUAGAGCUGCCAGGGCUCCCUCAUGUUCACCUCUCCCUUCCUUUUGGGCCUUCUGAUGGGUCUAGGGCAGAAGUGGCCAAUCGAGUCUGAGCAUUAGUGUCCUGGGCAGGGGACACACAGGCCAUAGCAAUCCUGACCAGAAUAGAAGUUCAGAUUUGCUACUUUAGCUACGAGAUGGGGGGGGGGGCAGGCAUAUUCUGCAGUCAUGUAACACAGUUGUGUGUGUGAGUUUGGUUGCCAUCGGAUGCUCCAAUUGAAUUGAAUAAAGAACUUUGGAGUUAGUUUGC